AUGACCGAAGACAGCAAAACAGCAAAAGUCGUUUUCCAGCCAAGUGGCCGGCGAGGUACAUUUACUGUCGGAACUCCGCUUUUGGAUGCGGCCCGGUCCCUGGGUGUCUAUGUCGAAUCCGUCUGUGGCGGGCGCGGUAUUUGCGGUCGCUGCCAGGUGGCCGUCUCGGAAGGCACUUUUGCCAAGGAGAACCUGACAAGCGUCGCUGAUAACCUUGAAGGUGCGACAGAGGCGGAAACACGUUACGCGACCCUGCGCAAUCUGCCUGACGACCGGCGCCUGUCCUGCCAGGCAAGGAUUCUGGGCGACCUGGUCAUCGACAUCCCGACGGAUGCUCAGACAAAUCGCCAGGUGGUGCGCAAACGCGCCGAGGCCAAGCAUAUCGACGCUGACAGCGCCGUUACGCUCGUGACGGUCUCGAUCGUCGAACCGGACAUGGAAACGCCGCGCGGGGAUAUCGACCGUCUGCGGGAAGCGAUUGCAGUCGAAACCGGAAUUGGCGAUCUGACAGUUGAUCCGCUGCUGUUGCCCCGAGUGCAAACUAUCUUGCGGUCCGGGAAAUGGACCGUUACUGCGGCAGUUUAUGUCGAUGCGUCCAUUCAACCGACUGUCACCGCACUGUGGCCGGGGAAAAAAAACGCCGUUUACGGCCUUGCCGUCGAUAUCGGUUCGACAACCAUCGCUGCCCAUCUGUGCAACCUCAGGAAUGGCCGCACCGUCUCGUCAGCUGGAACUUCCAAUCCGCAGAUCCGGUUCGGUGAAGACCUGAUGUCACGGGUGUCCUAUGUGCAGAUGAACCCCUCCAAGCUUCCCGAUCUGACCAAAGCGGUGCGUGAUGCCAUCAAUUCGCUGAUCGGCAAGCUUGUCGGAGAUGUCGGCGCCGAACGGUCAGAUGUUCUGGACGCAACGUUUGUCGGCAACCCGGUGAUGCACCAUCUCUUUCUCGGCAUCGAUCCGGUUGAGCUUGGUGGCGCCCCGUUUGCCCUGGCUGCUUCCGACGCAAUGGUGUUGCCUGCCCGCGACCUCGAUCUGGAACUCAAUCCGGGUGCGCGCGUCUACAUGUUGCCGUGUAUUGCCGGUCAUGUCGGUGCGGAUGCCGCUGCUGCAACGCUCUCCGAAAGCCCUUACAGCCACGACGAGAUCACGCUGCUUGUCGACGUCGGUACGAAUGCCGAGAUCGUUCUCGGAAACAAGGACCGGUUGCUGGCAGCCUCCUCACCGACCGGUCCGGCAUUUGAAGGAGCCGAAAUCUCAUCGGGUCAACGCGCCGCUCCCGGUGCGAUUGAACGCCUUCGCAUCGACAAGGAAACACUUGAACCCCGUUUUAAGGUGAUCGGCGUUGACGAAUGGUCGGACGAGGAAGGAUUUUCGGAAAAAAUAGACAGUGUCGGUGUCACAGGCAUCUGCGGCUCGGGCAUUAUCGAAGCUGUCGCAGAGAUGUAUCUUGCCGGACUGAUCACCGAGAAUGGUGUCAUCGAUGGGUCCAUGGCCGAGCGGACACAGCGCAUCAGGUCCAAUGGACGUACCUUUUCCUAUGUCAUCGCAGACGAGAACAUCGAGAUUUCGAUCCUGCAGACGGAUAUCCGUGCCAUCCAGCUGGCGAAAGGUGCGCUCUACGCCGGUGUGAAACUCCUUCAGGACAAGCUCGGCACUUACGCGCUGGAGCGAAUUCGCCUUGCAGGUGCAUUCGGCAGCUAUAUCGAUCCCAAAUACGCGAUGAUCCUCGGCCUCAUUCCCGAUUGCCCGCUCGAAGGCGUUUCCGGGGUUGGCAAUGCAGCCGGAACGGGAGCGCGCAUGGCAUUGUUGAACCGGGGAUACAGGCGCGAAAUCGAACAAACGGUUCGUGACAUCGAGAAGAUCGAGACUGCCCUGGAACCGAAAUUCCAGGAACAUUUCGUCAAUGCCAUGGCGCUGCCGAACAAGGUUGACCAAUUCCCGAACCUCAGGUCCGCAAUCGAAUUGCCCGAGCGCAAGGAACAGCCAACCACCGAUGCCUCAGGGGGUGAGCGACGCCGUCGGCGUCGCAGGGGAUAG